AUGCAAGAUCAAUUAAAAAGACAAAUUGUCAAAGUAUACAGCGAGAUACUGAAACACCCAAUCCAAAAAACAGCGGAAAAAAUUACGAGAUUGGUGACACGGGCGGCCGCACACGGAGAAAAACUUAUGAAUAUUAAUACAUUAAAACAACUAUGUGGUAGUAAAAAGUAGGAAAAUUUAAAAUUCAGAAAAAAUUUAAAUAUGUAAGACAAUGUUAUAUAUUAUAAAUCAUAUAUUGAUGAUAUCGUGCUGUUUUCAGGAUAUUUGGUUUCACGCUAGUUUCCCUAUGGUCCGGGAACUGGAAACUACCGGGAGCCGAAGUAGUUGACAGGACCAGGUGUUUCCUGCGGGCCACAGGGAAAAAGUCGAACUCUCAUGAAAGCAGCUCGUCCGAAGAAUCUGAAGAAACGGAAGAAGAUAAAAUUGAAAAAAUAAUCCAGUUUCCGUGA